AUGGUGGCUGAUGAAGGAUUUGUUUUAAUUGGUGCUGGACUGCCCCGAACCGGUACUAUGUCGACAAGAGCUGCUCUGAAAAUUAUUCUAAAAGGAAAUAUUUAUCACAUGGCGGUAGUUGUGGCUGAGCGUCCUGAUCAUCAUUGGUUCUGGAGGAAGGCCAUCAAGGGAGAAGCCAACAAAUCUGAAUGGAGAAAGGUUCUGUCAGAUUUCCGGGGUGGAGUAGAUUAUCCGAUAUCCUUCUUCUAUAAGGAGCUAAUGGAGGUUUAUCCUAACGCCAAGGUUCUCUUGACUACACGUGAUCCUGUGAAGUGGUAUGAGAGUGUAAAGAAUGCAAUCUAUAAGCUCCAAUGCACAAUGCAAUCCUGGCCCUGUACCUGGUUUUUGUCCCUUAUAGGACGAAGGGAUAUGUUCCAGCUAGUAGACGAUUUGUCAAGUGUAGCUCCGAAAUGUUCUUCAAGCAGGUUGGGUAUGUUUGGUGCAGUGGCAGCUGGAGAAAAAGCAGCGGUACAGCUGUGGCAUGAUCAUGUAAAUGAAGUAAAGAAGAUGGUACCAGCUGAGAAGCUACUAAUCUGGGAGGUGAAGGAGGGAUGGGGUCCACUCUGUAAGUUCCUGGAUGUUCCAGUUCCUCAAGAACCGUUCCCAAGGGUGAACGACACUAAAGAAAUGGAGCAGAACAGAAAGACAAUAUUAUAUGCCUCAUGGCUGCUGAUUGUAUUGAUACCAAUGGCCCUGGUGUUUACAGCCUGGUAUUGUUCACUAAGUAGCCCACAACACAUCUUAGUUCUAGCUGGAGCUUACUUUGCCUUUAUUCAAUUGUUUGUAGUUCUAACUAAAUGGAAGUUAUCUAAAUUUGGUUAG